GACUGGGCUGUUGAUCCUGCAGAACUGUUUUAUUACGUCUGGUUACAAUUGAUGAUAGUGCCCAUUGCUUACAACUGGGUAAUUAUCAUUUUAAGGACCUGCUUCACAGAGAUUGGGCUGAAAUAUCUUCAUGUGUGGGUCACACUGGACUAUCUGUCAGACCUCAUGUAUGCAGCUGAUAUGAUGAUCACUCUUCAUACUGGCUUCCUGGAUCAAGGAAUCCUUAUCAAGGACCUGACUCGCUUGAGGAUGCGCUACCUGUGCUCCAAACUGUUCCUGUGGGACUUAGUCUCCCUGCUCCCCACUGACUUCCUCUAUUUUGCCUUUGGCAUUGAAACUCCCUUAGUGAGGAUCAACCGCCUCUUUCGAAUCCCACGGCUCAACGAGGCCUCAGAUCGCAUGGAGACGAGAACCUCCUACCCCAAUACUUUACGCAUCGCAAAGCUCAUGUGCUACAUCUUUGUUCUGAUCCACUGGAAUGCCUGCCUCUACUUUGCUAUGUCAAAUUACAUUGGCUUUGGAGAUGAUCCCUGGGUGUACCCUAACAUCACGGACCCAAUGUUUGCCUCCAUGAGGACCCAGUACCUUUAUUGCUUCUGGUUCUCAGCGCUGAUUUUUACCACUGUUGGAGACACCCCUGUACCAGUCAGGGAGGAGGAGUACUUAUUCAUGAUUGCAGACAUGCUUAUUGCUGUGCUGGUGUUUGCAUCAAUUGUAGGUAAUGUGGGGAAUGUCAUCAUGAGCUUAAGGGACAGAGACAAUGUCUUUUUCCCCAACCACGAGUUGGUAAAAGCAUACCUGCGUAGCCACCACGUUAGCACGGAGCUUCAACAGCGCAUUAACAACUGGUAUCAGCAUCUUUACAUCAACAAGAAGAUCAUGCGGGAGUAUGAAAUCCUGCAGCAGCUGCCGUUACACAUAAGAACAGAGAUUGCUGUCAGCGUCCACCUUCCGAUACUUUCUAAAGUUACCAUCUUCCAGAACUGUGAGAAAAGCCUGCUGGAGGAGCUGGUUCUGAAACUCACACCUCAGGUGUUUAGCCCAGGAGAAUAUGUCUGCAGGAAGGGAGAUGUUGGCCAUGAAAUGUACAUCAUCAAAGAGGGGAAACUUGCAGUUGUAGCAGAUGAUGGUGUGACAGAAUUUGCAGUGCUGGGUGCAGGGAAUUUCUUCGGAGAAAUUAGUAUCCUUAACAUCAAAGGUAACAAGUCGGGUAACCGUCGCACUGCCAACAUUAAAAGCAUUGGCCACUCUGACCUGUUCAGCCUCUCAAAAGAGGACCUGACUGAUGUGCUGUCUGAGUUUCCUUCAGCCAAGCGUCACCUGGAGGAGAAAGGUCGGCAGAUCCUUAUCAAGAUGGGCAUGUUGGAUGAAAGUGCAGAGGUACAGGAGAUGGAGGCUGAGAAGGUUGAAACAAAGGUAAAAAGGCUGGAGAGUAUCUUGGAAAACCUGCAAACCAAACUGCCUCGGCUUAUGGUGGAGUUAGAGUCAAGCAACAGGAAGAUCAGGGGCAGAGUGGAGCAGCUGGAGCUGCAGGUUGCUGUUGUGGAAAUUCAGCUGCCACAUGAUGGACAAAGAGGAGAGGGAGCACCGGGAAGAGAUGAGGGUGUUGGAGGAGAAGCUGACUGGGAGCGAGAGGAAGCCGAGGGAGAGGAGGAGGAGGAUGCAGACAAAAAGGGGAAAAAACAAGGAGAUAAUGAUGUUGAGGAUGUCACUAAAGAAGGGGAUGGUGAUAGCACUAAAAGUACAAAUGAUGAAACUGAAAGAGUGGUAGAAGGAAAUAAAUUUGGCCUGAAGGGCUCAGUCAGUCUAAAAGAAAAAAUAAGUGAUGGAGAGAAAAUUAUUGUAAAAGGAGACAAAAGACCUGGAAAAGGUGAUGGAGCCGAGAUUGAACCAAGAAAUGAAAAAGAAGACAAAUCUGAAGAAGGGGAAUUGGUGGAGAGAACAGGAAAGACCAAAAGACACUCAGAUGGAAAAGACACACAGGAGUCAGAUUAAAGGAAAACAGAAAAAAAUUCAAAACUAAACAUUUGCAGAGGGCAGUGUAGGUGAAACAUAAUUAUAAUAGUAAAUUUCCGUAUAAUGGAUCAAGAAGAGGAGUAAGUUGUAUGGAGUGUAUCAAAGAGGCCCUUCUUUUUUUUCCCUAAAAUGCUGCUGUAAUACAUCUUUCUUCCUCUAGAUGGAAGCAUUGCAUUUCCUCCAUGAUAACUUUGGCAUCUAAAGCAGGUCAAGGUGUAGUUCAUGUUAGCCUUCAUAGCAUUUUACAAAUGUGUGUGUGUGUGGGUGUGUGUGUGUGUGUGUGUGUGUGUGUGUGUGAAAGAGAGUGAGAGAGCGAUGGUGUGUGUUAACAUGUAAAGAAUAAUGCAAUGUAAUCUAUACACAUUACAUUUUUAUUAAUGUAACCCAUGCUUAGUUUGUAUUUCAAAAGAAAUUCGUUUUUUAAAUAAAAUAAGAGAAAUUUUGAUUAAAUUAAACCAAACUACCAUACUGUCUGGAGUGUAUUUUCAUCUAUGUUGCUUGAAAUUCAAAUCCCUCAAAAUUGUAGAUUUUAUCACUGCUUCCUAUGUUUAAUUUAACGCUUGUAUCUCAAACCUCCAGGAUUAGGAAUUUCUGUUACUUUGUUAAUACUUUAUUUUUGAAUGAAAUAAAAUUAAACCAA